AUCAUAUCGCCAGGUUUAUCUGUCAGAUAAUCCCAAGCUCCAGGAUUUUUUUUUUCUAUAAAGCUUCGGAUGGAUCCCACUAGAGGCCUCCUCGUCAACAUGCACAUAAUCACACUUGACUUCCUCAAAAAAAACACCAUUUUGCCCACCCUCAAUACUCUCUCUUCAAGGAAACAAAUAAACAAACAUUCCGAAUGUCUGGAACUGGAGAUAGCCAACCCUCCACUCUUAGGUCCUACGCCGACAGCGGCAUUGCGGCUGUUCAGAAUGUCAUUGGCAGUUUGACUGGGAACCCUGUUGAUCAACGCCAGGCUGAAGACAAGAAGGCCCAUGCAGAGCUAGAACAUGAUGCCUCUCGUGCCGCCGCCAAGGCUGGACCUUUCAAUCUUUCCUCCUCCGGCGCAGCCACUGUCGACAACAAGGACCGCCGAGACGGAAAGGCCGACCAAGUCAUUGGAAGCGGCAAGGAAUUUGUCGGCAAUGUCGGAUCAAAAUACCGAGGGCCAAGGGCAGGAGGCUGCCGGACAACUAAAAGAUUUUACUUCGGGAGUUGCCAACAGAGUUACCGGCACCAUUGGGGCCGCUGUUUCCGGUCUGACUGGCAAUACCCAGGCAAAAUGCUACUGACUUUGAAAACCAACAUGAUAAAGGAAAGACUUCCCAGCGCGGCGUCGAAGCUGAGGUACAGAAAUAAUCGCAAAACAUCAAUUGCCAAUGAUGAUCUAGAAGAUAAUCAUAUGCAACGGCGUUUAUGGGUUCUUUUUUCUUUGGGGUCGGAGGCCGACUUUACUUGCUUCACUCAAUACACCGACUGUUGCGAUUAGCUGUAAAAUUAGUUAGCUCGCAUUCAACAAUGAUCCCUUGCA